AUGAAAGGCGUUCACGAUCAAAAUAAUAUUCAUAAUGACAAAAUAAAAACUACAAUUUUACCUGUACAAGGAAUGACUUGUCAUUCCUGCGUUAACUCCAUUACAAACGCUUUAAAAAUUGUUCAGGGCAUUAAAGAAGUGGUGGUGAGCCUUGAGGAAGAGAACGCAACUGUAGAAUAUGAUGGCGAGUUAAUUAAAGAACAAGAUAUAAUAAAUGUGAUUGAAAAUUGUGGAUUUGACGUUCCUAUUAAAUCAAAUGUUAAUGUAACAUCACCAUUAACCUCAGAAUUUGCGCCAUUUACCGACAUUGUUUUGACUUCACCAUAUCAGGAAACUUUCCCACUCAAAACAAUAAAAACUCACACUUUUGAUCCGGACAAAAUACGUGUUUGUCAGAUCCAAGUACGUGGAAUGACUUGCGCUUCUUGUGUCAAUAACAUCGAAAAACAUAUUCGUGGAGUUUCUGGAAUUGAAUCUAUUAAAGUUUCUUUAUUAGCCGAGCGUGCUGUAGUAGAAUAUGAUAUAGAUUUUAUAGAUGACCAGAAGAUAGCCGAAUCAAUUAAUAGCAUUGGAUUUGAUGCCUCUCCCAUUCAACCAAAAAGUGAAGACAAGAUUGAAGUUCAAAUUUUUGGAAUGCAUCAUCCUAAAAAUGUUGAUGAAAUCAAACAAGGACUAUGCAAGAUUCCCGGAAUCUUUAAUGUAUCUAUAAAUUUUGAUACAACAAUUGGUGUAAUCGAAUUUGAUAAAGAACAAAUAGGUAUUCGAGAUAUUGUGGACAAAAUUGAAAAUUUUGGCGUUAGUGCCUUAAUUUAUGAUAAUAGUCAAAAGACACAACUAGAAUCACUGGCUCGUACAAGAGAGAUCACUGAAUGGCGAAAGGCAUUUUACCAAUCACUUACCUUUGCUAUUCCGGUAUUUAUUGUUUCCAUGAUUCUUCCAGGAUUCGGUUGGGGUUCAGUCUUGGUUGACGUGAAGCUGCUUCCUGGAAUUUACAGUGGUGAUCUCAUUAGUCUCAUAUUGACCAUACCAGUUCAAUUUGGUGUCGGUAAACGAUUUUAUAUUACAUCUUAUAAAGCUCUUAAACAUGGAUCUGCAACUAUGGAUGUCUUAAUAGUUUUAGGGACGACUUCGGCUUUUACUUUUUCAUGUUUCGCAAUGUUUUAUGCGUUAAUUAUUCCUCCACAUGAUAGACCAUCAUCAGUGUUUUUCGAUACAUCAACUAUGUUGAUCACAUUUGUAACUUUCGGUCGAUAUUUAGAAAAUUUGGCCAAAGGAAAAACCUCUGUUGCUUUAUCAAAACUCAUGUCACUUACACCUGCUGUAACAACCAUUUAUAUCAAAGAUCCUAAAACUGGUGAUAUUAUAGAAGAAAAAAAGAUUCCUACAGAAUUAGUACAAGUGGGUGAUAUGGUUAAAAUCGUGCCAGGUGAUAAAAUUCCUGCUGAUGGCACCGUUAUUUCUGGUCAAUCGACCGUAGAUGAAUCGAUGGUUACCGGUGAAGCUGACCCAGUAACUAAACGACCAGGUGAUUUAAUAAUUGGUGGAACUGUUAAUGAAUUAGGUACUUUUGAUAUGGAGGUUACACGUGCAGGAAGUGAUACUGCAUUAUCUCAAAUAGUAAAAUUAGUAGAAGAAGCGCAAACUUCGAAAGCACCAAUUCAAGAAUUUGCAGAUACAGUUGCCGGAUAUUUUGUACCAGUUGUUAUCGGGUUAGGAGGAUUAACAUUUAUCGGAUGGAUGAUUUUAAGUAGAAUAAUGCAUCCACUUCCCGAUAUCUUUUUAAAUAAUGAUAGUUAUUUCAUGGUUUGUCUCAAAUUAUGUAUUUCUGUUAUCGUGGUAGCAUGUCCUUGUGCCCUAGGUCUUAGUACACCUACGGCCGUAAUGGUUGGUACAGGUGUAGGUGCACAGAACGGAAUAUUAAUUAAAAGUGGAGGGGCACUUGAAACCGGCCAUAAAGUCACAAAAGUUGUAUUUGAUAAAACCGGAACUUUAACAAAAGCAGCUGAAUCAUCAAGCGAACAUCCUCUUGGUCGUUCUAUCACUAAUUAUGGAAAAAGAUUUUUAUGUAUUGAAACAUAUAAUGCAGAUGUUUCAAAUUUUGAAAGCCUUUCAGGACUUGGUAUUAAAUGUACAGUUAGUCUCAAAAAAACAAACCGUUCAACUAUAAAAACUUAUGAUGUAUUGAUAGGAAAUGAAAAAUUCUUGACACAACACCAUAGAAUCAUACUUCCAGAAUCAAUUAUCACACUUAAGGAGACGCAAGAACGACUUGGACAUACGACUGUUCUAGUAAGCAUAGAUAAAGAAUUAGUAGGACUAAUAUUUCUUUCAGAUAUAAUUAAACCAGAGUCUAAAAUUGCCGUUGGUGCAUUAAAACGAAUGGGCAUAGACGUUUUAAUGGUGACCGGUGAUCAGUUGUUAACUGCCCAAACCAUAGCUUCACAAUGUGGAAUAGACGAAAACAAAAUUUAUGCAGGAGUUUCACCAAAAGGUAAAACUCAAAUAAUACAAAAAAUACAACAUGAAGGUCGAGGAAAUAUUGUGGCAAUGGUUGGUGAUGGAAUUAACGAUUCACCAGCAUUAGCAGCAGCAAAUUUAGGAAUUGCAUUGUGUUCUCGAACCGAUAUAGCAAUCGAAGCAGCAGAUAUAGUACUUAUGCGACCAGACAUAACUGAUGUAGUUGCGUCUAUAGAUUUAUCACGAACUAUAUUUAAAAGGAUACGGUUAAAUUUUCUAUGGGCAUGUUUAUAUAAUUUAUCUGGAAUUCCAUUUGCCAUGGGACUAUUUCUACCAUGGGGAUAUCAUUUACAUCCUAUGAUGGCAGGUUUCGCCAUGGCUUGUUCAAGUGUUAGCGUAGUAUGUUCUAGCUUAAUGCUCAGAUGGUGGACUAAGCCAACCUGGGUUGAUGAUGGAAAGGGAGGAGUAAGAAAGGAGAAAAGAGAAAGUGGAUUAAUUAACACGUUUAUUACAGCUUUGAAAACUGGACCUACUAUGCCUAGUGGAUAUAGACGCUUGGCAGUGGAAGAUGAAGUGUAA